AUGGUUGCGGGGAUCAUUCCUCUCGAUCAUCUUGCGCCCCGACGUUCAGAGUUGUAUGUGACCCUUAAUGAUGCGGAGGGACCUGUUCCUCUAGCCAUUAAGGCGGCGCUGGGCGCUGAGGCCAGGAGGAUGGCCGUUGCUGCAUGGAAGGAAGAGGAGUUAGGUUUGACGGGGGUAACGGGAGAAACGGGGGCGCAGGUUAGAGCAGCUAUUGCCGAUAGGUUAGAUGAGUGGGUUGAAAGGCCGCACUCCAUAAGUACGACCUUUCACACCACUCAGCUGAUGACCGGACAUUGUUGCUUCCCUGCGUUCUUUUGUAGAAUAGGGAAAGCGGCGUCUCCGCAGUGCUUUCACUGCGGAGCAAAUGUAGAUGAUGCAUAUCACACCCUGGUCGACUGCCCUGCGUGGAUGA